AUUUCGCCGAAUUGAUGGUUGCCGGUGCGGCGGCUGUCGAUACGCGGUUCACACUUGCGACGCUCGUGAUCACGCGUGGUAAAAAUAAAUGAUCGCCGCGGGCUCGUCGAUCCGACCGAAAGGAACGUCGACUGAUCCGGGAAAAAUCGAAAUUCCGCAUGGAACCGCGCGUGUUUAUCUUCUCUGUCCCGCUGCGCGGAUCGGAUCGAUGGCUGUCAACGAUCCAGUGCGUUCGGUGUCGUUCCCCAGUUUGAAAAACGAAUCGUCGAACGUCCCGAUCGGUGCUCGCGCUUCGGUUUGAUCGAAGUUUCCGACCGUUGCUUGAUUCUCGCUCGGGGAUAAUCGAAUACUCGUCGGUUUCGUGGAAAUCGGAGCGAUCCCGGAGCCGCGAGUGAACGGCGUCGCGAGUGUACAUCCCUCGAGCGGUAUGGUGGCCCGUUGAAAGGAGAAAUUAAGCACGUGCGAGUCGCGGCGUGAAGCGGAGCGGGCCCCAGCGCGCGUGCCGAAGACGAAAUCCUGGCCGGCCUCGGGGCGGACGGGAAAACGAGGCAAGGCGAAUCGUUCACGGCGCCUCUACCGCGAAUCGAAUUAAUGAUGGCCGGCAUUCUGAACACGACGUCGUUCCCAAACAUGGAGGUGAACGACGAGGAUCACAGUUAUGUGCCGUACGACCAGCGACCGGAAACGUACAUCGUGCCCGUGGUAUUCUUGAUAAUCCUGGUGGUCGGCGUGACCGGAAACGGGAUCCUGGUGCUCACCCUGCUGCGCCACGCCAACAUGAGAAACGUGCCGAACACUUACGUCCUCUCGCUUGCCCUGGGCGAUCUUCUGGUGAUCGUGACAUGCGUGCCGUUCACGUCGACCGUCUACACGAUCGAGUCGUGGCCGUGGGGCCUGGCAGUUUGCAAAUUAUCGGAGUUCGUCAAGGAUAUUUCGAUCGGCGUCUCAGUUUUCACUCUGACCGCGUUAUCGGCCGAGAGAUACUGCGCAAUCGUAAACCCCAUUCGCCGUCACAUCGCUGGACUGAGCGCGAAGCCAUUAACAAUACUAACAGCGAGCCUGAUUUGGGUACUGGCGAUUGUUCUCGCGAUCCCAUCUGCCCUGUUCUCUCACGUGCCGACCAUUCCGUUACAGGGUAACCACAGUAUCCUGAUUUGCUACCCCUUCCCCGAUGAAUUCGGUGAUAACUACAAAAAGGGGAUGGUGAUGUUCAAGUUCCUCGCCUACUACGCGAUCCCACUCUGCGUGAUAGCCGGAUUUUACUUAGCAAUGGCGCGACACCUGGAACUCUCCACGAGAAACAUGCCCGGCGAGCUGUCCACCGGCGGCCAUCGCAUGGAACAAAUUAGAGCACGAAAAAAGGUCGGCAAGAUGGUGAUCUCCUUUGUGAUAAUCUUCGUCAUCUGCUUCUUGCCGUAUCACACGUUCAUGCUGUGGUUCCACUUCUGCCCGUCGUCCGAUCAGGACUUCGACGACUUCUGGCACGCGUUCAGGAUCAUCGGCUUCUGUCUCAGCUUCGUCAACAGCUGCGUGAACCCGAUAGCUCUUUACUUCGUCAGCGGGACCUUCCGCAAAAGGUUCAAUGAGUACCUGUGCUGUCGAAUGUCCACGAGGACCUUAAGCGUGUGUCGAACGGAGACGGGAAGCUUAGAAAGGAAUGGCAAUCGUCUAACACAGAGGAGGCGCCUGGGCGGCCACGGUAGCCAUUACGAGACUAGUUUCGGCUCAACGAUUCGAAGACAGACGCAGGAAUUGAAUUCGACCGCCCUUUACGAGCUCGCUACCGAAGAUACAGCUGCACCCACCUGCGACUUAGAUUAUAAGUAAUUUGUAAGGAUGAUCGAUCAAUGGCAGCGCCGGUGACAUCAUCGGCGGCCAUCGAUGAACGAGGACCACUGGCAAAUGGAACACCGAUGGACGAAUGCCUACAUGAUUACAGGAAUAUAUUGUAAAUUAUGUAUAAAUUAUAGAACAACAUCGAUAUUCUCUUAUUAUUUACACAGUAGAAUAAUAGAUUUUACGAUUAAUUACUCAACCAACGGAAGUUCCAUUGUACAGCUUUGACUUGCGAAUCUGUUGCAGAAUUUUCAAUAUUCAUUGCGCGCAUUGUUCGUUUCCGAUGUUUUAUAUCGUAAUGAAUUUAAUUGAAGCGUGAGUGAGAGGACAGAGUGAAAGUUGCAGUUGAAUAAUCGCGGUAUAGUAUUCAAAGUCUCGGCGAUUGGGGCUGCGGAACUCGCAAAAACAUGAAUUAUUCUCUGAUUUGCUGGAAGGAAGCGUUGUAUAUUCGAGAGCCUUUCUUCCAAUUGAAAACUAAGAUCAAUUAAAAGAUUUCUAAAAGACACGUUAAGAAAGAAGAAAUAUUUUCGAUUCAGAAUAACAUUGAGAAACCAUAAUGAAAAUUCAAUUUCUGGAUUCCGUAGAGAAUAAACUACCCCGAACGCUCGUGACCUAGGUGUAACACUAGAACUACCGUACCAGUCAAAUUGACUGGUUUCGAUUUGUUUGUUUAGCAAUUAUUGAUACUUUCAAAGCAUUGAAUAUCCGAAAUGAUUUUGAAACUAAAUAGUUCCACUUGAGUGCUAUAAUGAAUGUCUGAAGAAACUGAAAAUAAUCUUUUGUUACAAGUUUUUUAGGAAUAGCAUAUUAACCCUCUGUAGGCCUAUGUGACUUUGAAGUCACAUAUCAGUAUAUCGGCGUCUUUUUUAUUUAUUUCAUUCUGCACUCAAAGUGGUGAAUAAAAUUAAGU